UUCUCUCUAGGGCUCUGAGGAUGUUGGCACGUAUACCUUCAGCAUCUACACUCUGAGAAAUUUGAGCAUUAGACACUCAUUUGUCACUACCAAGUUAUCUGCCUUUCUCCUGCUUGCAGAGAUCCCAGCGACCACCUGCUGAUUGACAACCAUGAACCCCAAACAGUCUUUACGCCUCUUCGGGUUCCUCCUGACAUUUGCCACCGCUCUGGCCAUGAAUCUGAUUCCGAGGCAAGACAUCCAGAUAAGGAACCCUCGACCAAUUAUUGCACAAUACCACCAAAAGGGAGUUACAGAUUGUGCCACUUUUGUCCUGAGCACAGAUAGGAAAACUCUCUAUGUGGGAGCCAGAGACACCGUUGUCGCUCUUGACACUGCCAGAGCUAAAAUCAACAACCAAAAGGGCAUGGUACGCUGGGCCCCCACGAGGGACAUAAAGGACAUCUGUAAACUCAAAGGCAAACAGGAGAUGGACUGCUUGAAUUUUAUCCGUGUCCUGGUGCAACUGAACGACACACACCUUUACAUCUGCGGGUCGUAUGCUUUCAAGCCCACCUGUGCUUACAUUGACCUACAAACAUUUGCUGUGGUGACUGACGCAGACGGCAAGCUCCGCCUUCUGGAGGGGAAAGGUGUCACCCCCUAUACUAACAAGUAUAAGAACACAGCAAUUCUCAUUGAUGGUGAACUUUAUGCAGCUACCAAGAAUGACUUUCAAGGGAUAGACCCUAUCAUCACUCGUACCCUGGGCAGCAAGACAAUUUUGAAGACAGAGCACUGGAUGGAAUCUGAUGCAACGUUUGUGGCCUCCAUCAACAUCCCAAUUGCCCCAGAUGAUCAGAAAAUCUAUUUCUUCUUUUCGGAAACAGCAAAGGAAUUCAACUACUUGGAAAAGGUGGUUGUUUCGAGGGUGGCGCGCAUUUGCAAGAAUGAUGCUGGAGGAGAAAAGUUGCUGCAGAAGAAAUGGACGACAUUUGUAAAAGCUACUCUCUCCUGCACCCCAGAGGGGCAGUUACCUUACAGUGUCAUUCAGCACGUAUUUGCCCUUCCACAUCAUGGAGGCGACACAGUUCUCUACGCUGUCUUCACUCCUCAGUGGAAAGUGGGAAAUCUCUGGAGCUCGGCAGUCUGUGCCUUCAGCCUUGCUGCUAUCAACAAAGUCUUUGAUGAUGGGAAAUUCAAAGAGCAAAACAGCUUUUCCCAAUGGAUGCCUUAUGAGGGGGAGGUCCCAGACCCUCGCCCUGGCAGUUGUUCCAUCACCCCCACUUCACACAACACCCACAGCUUCAUGAGACAGCACUAUGUGAUGGAUGAAAAAAUUCAGCCAAUCGAUAAUCGACCUCUACUGGUGCAGCCAAAUGUGAAAUACACCCAGAUUACGGUACACGAAUUGCAUAACUCCUUGGGAAGGACCUACUAUGUGAUGUUUCUUGGGACAGACCAGGGCAUCAUUCACAAAGCAGUGAUCGUUGGCAACGAGGCAUACAUUGUUGAGGAGAUCCUGCUGUUUGUGAGGCCAGAGGCGAUCAGGAGUCUGCUGCUUUCUCCUGAAGAGGGAAUCCUGCAUGUGGGGCAUGGCAAAGGAGUCGUUCAAAUAUCAGUGGCCAACUGUGGCAUUCACAAAAGCUGUACCGACUGCAUUGCAGCGCGAGAUCCAUACUGUGCCUGGAACGGACGCAGGUGCAAAGAAAUCCAAAUCUCCAAAACUAACAGGGGUAGCUUGAAGCAGGAUAUUGAGGGAGGACGGCCAGAAAUUGGGUGCAGCAGAAGCAGCAACAGCAGCAGAAGAAGCAGAGCUUCCCCAAGCUCAAUUACUGUGGUGGUUGUGAUGACCUUGGUUUUCUUCUCCUACCCUGACAAUCUGAAAAUGGAAGGGCCGGGAUGCAGGAGCCUCUCUAAAGCCAAUAAAGCAUCAGGUCAAGAGAAACUCCUGCUUCGUGACAGCCAGAGCCUUCCACAAGGCAGGCUUUGCCAGGAAGCUGCCAACAGCUCUAAGAUCUGCUGUGUCAAAGGUGGUGGUGGAUCUUUUCAGAACAUCCUGGCUAAAAACAACUGCUUGGACUUCGACCUGGCAUAUGGGGAAGACUCCAGAGGCGUUGUGGCAGUAGAGGGAAUCUAACCUGGUCCAGCUUCAUCCCCCUGCAGGAGCAACCUUUUGAGAUCACAACAGCUCACCACAGGCAACCAAAGAUCUUGCCACUAUUGUGAUGCUGUUCUCAAGCACUACAACAGUA